AUGGAUGCAGCGGCGCUCCUCUGCAACAUCUGCCCCAAACGCCCAAGGUUCAGCGAUGUAUCUCAUUUACUGACUCAUAUUUCGUCAAAGGCCCACCUAUCUCAUUACUUCAAACUUCAAGUCCGCAGUCACCAGGAAUCGCAGGCCGUGACCUUACUCGAGGAAUAUGAUCGAUGGUACAAAUCCAACAAUCUGGCGAAGCUAUUGUCCGACCGGAUGUCAUCCAAGGAUAUCCAGAAAAAGAAACCUCAGGGAAAGACGACAACCCGUAAGCAGACCUAUGCCACGAGACGGGACAGCGGUUGCAAAGUCAGUUCCUCAAGUGUUAGUCCUUCGGUUCGCAAUGCCCUUCCGGAUUAUCUAGACCCGCGACUGGCCGAUCCCUGCCUGAAGGUAGAGCCAGAUGUUGGCGAUGGGUCUACCCCGGGGUCCAUGGGCUAUAUUCCUUCGGUGGCGUCCUCAUAUGCUGAUAAUUCAGCUUACGGCGAAGAUUUGUAUCCUUCGCUGGAUACCGAUACGCCCAGGGGGUCGCUGCAUUCGAUAUUCGGUCAAUGGAAACAAGAACACGGGCUAGACACUGAAGAAGGAACGUCUUCCUCCUUCCAGAGCACGCCCAAUUGGACUCGAACUUUAGAGCUCAUGGCGAACACGGUCACGCAGGCUUUAGACAAGUAUCCGAACUCCGAUCCGUUCAUCGAUGACAAUGAGAUUGAGGCAGACAAGGAGAGGGCAGAGGAAAUUGCUAGGUUGAAAGGAGUCCUGUGGCCGGGAAUGGACAUUUUUGAUUCAGCAACGGAGCAAAUGAGACGCAAACGUAACCAGAAGAAAGAUGAGAGCAUCCUGAGAAUGAUGGAGAAAACCUCUAUGUGUGUCGAGCCCACGGAGCUGAUCUUCUCUCCCACUGGGGCAUUGCGGAAGCAACGCGUCAUCUCAGGCAAUGUCGAAGACAGCAGCCCUCUGAAAGGAGAGACCCCGAUCCCAAGACGACGGGCAAAUCGUCCCAAACGGAUCCUCUCCCAAGCCGACCCUAACGUUUAUCGGGUACAGGACCGAAAACGCAGUAAACGACCAACCAAACCCGUACUGGGAAGUCUAGGGGACUUGGAUCCGCGCGGCUUGUAUUGCCCGCACAGUCCUCUUCAACUGCAAGCUCGGUUCGGUAACAGUCGCUCGCAUGAAGAUGACAAUGAAGAUUUUGUUCUAUCUUUCAAUCAGCAAAAGCCUAGAUUUCGCAACGAAUUCAAUGUUUUCCGUGAUCGACCUAGCCAAUGCAGACCAGGAUCGAUUGACCAUCCUUACGGGGAUGGACUGCUCUCUUCGGAAUCACCCUUGCUCAAGUCAAACUCUAUGGUUAACGGGCCUUUUUAUCAAAUGCACAAUGGACCAUAUACUUCGAGCUCAGUCGGAGGCUCGGCUCCUUUUGGGUUGGGGAAGGAGAAUAUCGAGCCGCUCCUCAAUGUUCACGGCCGGAUUGACCCUCUUGUGGGCUGGGCAUCGCCUGGCAUGAAACGACCGGUGGAGAGUGGUACAGGAUAUCCACCACAAUACUUCUUCGGUGACGCACCGUGUAUCGGGAUCGGUCCUUUCGAGAAUCAGGACAGCAAUUCGGGGCUUUCAUACAAUCCCCUGGCUGCCUCGUUCUCAAGGCUUCCCCUUGAGGAAACCAUGUACACCACUGAGGCUGAUCAAAGCUUUAUCUCCCAAUCUGUAACACAGUCAACUUCUCCCGAAGCAACAGUAUCCGAUGUCGACGAAGAUGAUUUUGAGCGUUUAUAUUUGGAUGGAAGCUCUUGUUAG